UUUGCAAUUCGGCGAGAUUUAGAUGGACAAGAUGUCACCAGCCUGCAGUCCAGUAUGUCCAGGUAUUAGCAGGCCCAUGUUGUUUGUUCUGCUUUUAUCAGGCCUCUGUUCAUGCCUUCAUCGCUACCAUUUAAUUGAGGAACUGAAGACGUGGUGGGAAGCCCAGCAGUACUGCAGAGAAAAGUAUAAGGACCUGGCCACCAUCGACAACAUGGAGGACAUGGCACAGCUGAUAGCGGCUGCUGGUAGUUAUGAGGGAGAAGUGUGGAUAGGCCUUCAUGACAGACCCCUGAGCUGGACCUGGUCUCUGCAAGACUCUUCCUUCUAUGGAGAUACCGGGAGGAUCUUCAGAAUGUGGAGCGAUGGUAGCCCACAUACAAUGGAAAACAUACAAUGGUUGUGUGUUGCUUUCCAGGAAGGUGUCUGGAAGGAUCACAAUUGCCAUGAAAAAUACCCCUUUGUCUGCUAUAACAAAACGGUAGAAGGCUUGGCGUCCAUGUCCAUUGAGAGAUAUGUUUUUAUAGAUGCCGAACAGACUUUUUUUGAAGCUCGGUCCUACUGCAGGAAUCACCACUCAGAUCUGGCCAGCGUGAGGAACCAUACUGAGAACAGCAGGAUCCAGGAGGCGGUACCGAAGAGACAGCAGGCUUGGCUCGGCCUGCACCGCGGAUCCUGGAUCUGGUGGUCAGAUAACGCUCCCUACCUAUUUGGAAACUGGGCAGAGGGACACCCGUUAAACAUAAAUAACAGCUGUGCUGCCAGUGUGAUUAAUGCCACUCACCCUGGAAAGUGGGUGGAAAAGCCCUGUCAUGAAAAACUUAAUUUCAUGUGCUACAACGAUAAGACGCAGUUGUUUACGAUCAAGCUGACUGCACUGAAAUCCACAAUCGACCUGAGUGACCAAGCUGUGACAGACGCCAUCUUGAAUCUGGUGGAGGAGAAGAUGAAAGAGAAGGGAAUUACGAGAGACUUCAAAAUUUCCUGGAUAAAGAAGCAGAACAAAGACAUCUUUCACAAAGUGAAGGCGACAGUGGAUUUAGUGAAGACGGACCUUUAAUCUCCCACCUUGUUUACUGAUGCAGUCCUACAGACUAAUUAUUAUCUGAUUUGU